AGAAAUGUUACAACGUGUGCGUAGUUUUAUUUUCCUGAAGACAGUUGAAUUUUCAUUUAAUAAGUGUGUUUCAGAUACAAGAUCUUCCAGAAAUUUUAUUUUUGCAAGGCGUAUUCGUAGGUUUUCCCUUGCUUAGGCGGGUGUAUACAACUUGGGGCUAUCAAAUCACGCUUUCAAGCACCCCUCCGAAAUGAUUGGUUAACAGCGAGCUCCCUUUUCUCUAUUGAAAGAAAGUUUCUCCCCACUCUCUGAUUCGGUUGAACAAACCCCGCCCCGAGUGUCACAUGACAUUCGGCUAGGGUUACUGCUUACAGCAAUCAUUCUAAACUAUCAUUUUCACUCGAACUUGGAACGAGUUAAGUUUUGCCUUACGAGCUGCGUUUUAACGUACCUUAUCUUUCUGCGAGCUGUAUUGCUAGAGCAAACGCCGUUUGUGAAACUUUAGUCGAUAAUCUGUGGAUAUUUCGCAGUGAAAAUUUCUCAAGAUGAUGCACAGUAGUGGUUUAAUGAAUGAAGGUAAUGUGAAUACUCUACCAUCUCUCAUGAGUGUCAACGAGAUGCUUCAAUCCACGUCCAAUCCUCCAGGCGGGGGGAAAGCAAUAGAGCGCAUACGAAGGCCUAUGAAUGCCUUUAUGGUUUGGUCUCGAGCACAGCGACGUAAAAUAGCUGGAGAAAAUCCCAAAAUGCAUAAUUCUGAAAUCAGCAAGCGACUUGGAGCGGAAUGGAAACAACUAUCAGAGGAACAAAAGAGGCCUUUUAUUGAUGAGGCGAAACGCUUACGACAAGAGCAUAUGACUCGUCAUCCUGACUACAAAUACCGACCAAGACGCAAGCCGAAAGUAACACCAAAGCAAUCUGAACCAGUGAUGCCGCCUUAUCCUCAGCCAUACCAUAUGCCUUAUUUUCAUCAAGCCAUUGAUCCUAGAACCUUCAUCAGUCAACAGCCUGGAUCUUAUGAUUCUGAAGCCAGACAUGCUAUUGUUCCCGCGACAUUGAAUCAUUAUGCUGUUUCAAAUUGGCCUUAUCCACCAACCAGUUACCCUAGUGAAACAGCAACCAGCCAGGAAUAUGCAACAGCAUCUUCGAUCAGCCAAGGAGCCUCAAAGAACGACAUCUACAAGUAUCAAAGCUUAUCAGCUAGCAAAUUACCAAUGUUUUAUCCAGAAAGUAUGGGUCGAAAUGAAGGAAACACACCUUCUUUUCAGUCUCAUCAUUCAGUGCCAAUUCAGCAGAGAACUCCGGAGCAUAGCAGUCAGCCUUCCAUUGAAAAUACCGAAAAUAUGCCAGUUACCUCGAAUCCAAGUCUUGCCAACUUCACCCCAUCUUAUUAUUCAAAUCCUCAUCCUCUAACACCUCCUUCAUCAGUGUCACCUAAUCAAGGAUUAGUGUCUCAAGCAACGGUGGUGAAGCAAGAGCAAAUGGAAAGUCAGAUGAGUAAUCAUUCAAGCCCAGGGGCACCUCAAACAGCUCUUCCUCCGUUCUACCAAACGCCAAUGUAUCACGAAUACUUUCAGUUGGCCGCCCUGAAUCAUAAUCAACAAACGGGAACUUAUCCUGUUUACACACCUACUCCUCCUCAAACGCGGCCAAUUUUUUAAAGACAAGUAGUUAUAAAAUUGCCCAUAAACUGAUGGACUUGCUUAAUAAGUGACCUCCCUGUGAAGUUUCCCUGUGUUGUGACAUUUUAUUUAGUGAAAAUUGUUUGGAUUCAAGUCAAAAACACUAAACUUAGUGAAAUGAACAUUGAAAGUGACCUCCCUAUGAAGUUUCCCUGUGUUGUGACAUUUUAUUUAGUGAAAAUUGUUUGGAUUCAAGUCAAAAACACUAAACUUAGUGAAAUGAACAUUGAAAGUGACCUCCCUAUGAAGUUUCCCUGUGUUGUGACAUUUUAUUUAGUGAAAAGUGUUUAGAUUCAAGUCAAAAACACUAAACUUAGUGAAAUGAACAUUUAUUUUACUGAGUAAAAUUGCUUAACUAUAGGAAUUUUGAUCAAUAAUGACAGACUUCAUAUUUGCUGCAUAUUUCAAUUAUGAUGUGAACACAGUUUAUUGAUGUUGGGUAUGUAUCUGAAAUUUUAUGAAUGGAAUUAUGUACUAUUGCAAGAUUUUAUAUUUGUAAAAUGAAAACUUUUAACAGACUAAAAAUAUUCUAAUUUGCAUCUUAAAACUUUCUUGAUAUUUCAGCAUUGCUCAUUGAUGAAAGAUAUGAUCAGCAUUAUGAUGCAAACUUUUUCUUACAAAUCAUCCAAUUUUCAUGUGAAUUAUU